AUGAACACUUUAAAAAAUAAAAGAACAUGUCGGUAUUGUGGUUUCGUGGCUAAUAGGAAACAAAAGAUACAGAAAAAUACAAUAAAAUACAGAAAUACUGCUUUUAUAAUUUAUUUAUUAACUGGAGAAAGAUUAUUACUUAAGAAAAGUUCAUUAUAUCUUUAUAAAUGGAAAAAAAAAUAUAAAUUAGGUUCAUUUAGCAAGUUGGUUGAUGAUGAUACUAUAGAGAAAUAUAGGAAAAUAGAAAUAUCUACAGAUAAACCAGAGAAUACAAAUUAUAUAUUGAAAAACUUAAAAACCGUUGCCAUCAAUAAUAAGUGUAGAUAUAAGUUUUCGAUUUUUAUAUUAUUAUCUGCACUUUUCAUAUUCCAGUUGAUAUUAUAUAUAGCAUCUAAGAAUUCCAUAAAGUUCCCAGUUUUAUUAUUUAGUGAGGACUUAUUACCAACUUUUAAUAAAAUAAAAAAUAAAAAUUUGGAUCAAGUUUUAUCAUUUACUGGAUUGGAAUCUUGGUUACCAAGUUGGAUUAGAAAAAAAUCUAUAUAUUUUUUUCAAGACAUUUAUAUCCCAUUAAAUAUUCCAAGAUUUGAUUUUAAUAAAUACUUAAACUUACGAAUAAUAGAUAGUAAAGAAUUUGGAAAUGAAAUAAAUAAAAAUUUUGAGGAAAUAAUUGAAUGUAAUAUAAUUAUUUUAACAGCAGGUGAUACAUCAUUUAAUACCUUACCUGAACUAGUGGAGAAUCGUAUUGAAUAUGCACGAAGAAAUGGAUAUUGUUAUUUACAUUUUAGUUGUAGAAAAAAUAGUUUUUCACCAGAUGAAAACCAACAAAAUAUUGAUAAUUGCAAAUAUCCACACUAUUGGAGAUAUUUAGCAUUAUGGGAGUUAUUUACUAAACCUUAUUUAUUAUUAUCAGAGAAAAGGAAAAUAGUACAACCCCAGUGGGUAUUAUAUAUGGAUAUGGAUGCUAUGUUUACAAAUUUUUCAUAUAAAAUUGAGGAAUUUGCUAAAAAUUUUUCAUUUUCUAAAACAGGUUUAAUUAUUAGUGCGGAUACAAAGUGCUAUGAUCCUCGAUAUCCUCUAAAUAAUGGUGUAAUGCUUUUCCGUAAUAACGAAUUUUCUCAGCAUUUAGUUUAUCAAGUUCUAUUGAAGCAGAGUUAUAGAAGUAGUUUACUUUAUAAUAGCAUAAAUAAUUGGAAUGCUAAAGGUUUACAAGAUCAACCACUUUUAACAAAUAUACUUGUAAAUGAUACGAAUGAAAUAGAUGCUGAACAUNNNNUUUGCAUAUCUUCAAAAUUUAGAUAUAAAUGGUGCUAUUUUUGUUGGGAACCAUGUAACAAUUUUAGGUAA